AUGGACCGCAAAGAUAUCGAGGAUUUUCUACGUCGAUCGAAUUCUAUCUGCGAUCAGACUUCUGCCGAACUUGGUACCGUAAAUGUUCGACGAAUGUCUCUCAAGGAAUUCACAGGUUUGGACGAUACGAAAGAGGAAAUCACGGAACUACCUGUGCCGUCCUGGAAAUGCUCGACAUCACCAUCUUCUCUGAUAAACAGCCCAUCAAAGAAGUUGAGCGUAGCUAAGGAAGAAAGCAUUGACAUACCUACUGCAAUCAACAGGAUUUCAAAUCUACAAUCUCGAUUAAACGAAGCGUCAUCGACAGUGAACACCGCUUCAAAUUCAUCCGACAUCGGACACGAUCGGGAAAAACUUCUGGAGGAGAGCAAAAGAAUGGCCGUUGCAGCAAAGGAUCUUUCUAAGAUUUCGUCAUCCUCUCCGGAACCGAAAUGGAGUACAGCUAUAGCGGAGAUCACGGACUGCGCUGACUGCUUGACGGCAGCCGCUAAGGGUGCCAUCUCUUCGACAAGCGUUUAUCACUCACAACUUGUUAACACUGAAGUGACCCAGGUACUAGAAGCUCUCCACAACGCACUCUGUGCUGCACAGGAGUCCCGCAUCCAGAGGAACGACUCCCUCUCACUGAAAGCGAUGACCCACCUUCAGUCUACCACCAAUCAACUUUUACAUGCUGUUUCCACAACAAUUGCAACUGCUACGUAG